AUGAAACUUCCUCAAUUUAAGAUGCUCUCACAGCUCACAAAGAGAUCUUCUGCUGGGUUCUUGAAGAGACAUAAUACUCUCCAGAUUGCCACUGUUAGAUACCAAUCAAACAAGACAGCAUCAUCAGAUGAAAAGACCAAAGCUGAAGUUGCUGCUAAAGUCGCUAAACAAAAACAGUUAGACAAGUAUAAUGCUCUAAGUAACCAAAACCUAAUGAAACAACAAAAACAAUCAAGUUCACAAAAUAGUACACCAAAAAAACUUAAAAAAGUAAAGAAGGAUUAUUCAGCAAUUCCUAAAGUUCCAAGUACAAAAUACUUUACAUAUCAUGAAAUUGCUUAUGAUAAGUUAAUGAAUGGUCAUAGACCUCUUCUGUUAUUCCAUCGUCAUACCGAUGAACUUUCAGCUUUAGAUAAUUUUUUCAAACCACAACAUUUCUGGAAUACAACUGCUGUUGGUUCAGAUAAAUUAUCAGAAUGGAAUAAUGUACCAUAUGAUUCUGCUUAUAAAUUAAAACCAUUUACUCCACCAUCAUCACCACAAGAUAAAAUAAAACAAACUGAAGAAGAGUUAACAGGAUUCAUUGAUAAUAUGGAAAAUUCUACUCCAUCAAAGAAAUCAAAUGCUUCAAGAAGUCUUAAAAAGGGCAAAGCUAGUAGAAGAGUUAAAAAUAGAAAGACAAGAGGUAGAAUUAGACCAUCUUAUGAUUUUGAUUAUAACAAUAACCCAGAUGAUUAUUAA